UGCAGUCGUAUAGAGGUCCGUCUGGGUAAACACAACGUUGCGGUGGAUGAGAGCAGCGAGCAGUCCAUCCCGUCUGAGCGUGUCAUCCGUCACCCGCAGUUUAACUAUUCCACCAUUGACAAUGACAUCAUGCUGAUCAAGUUGAGCAAACCCGCGACUCUCAAUAAGUUUGUGAAGCCUGUGGACCUGCCCAAAAGCUGUGCUCCUCCAAACACCAUGUGCAGAGUCUCCGGCUGGGGAAUCACCAUGAAUGAAACGGUUGAUUCUGAUAAGCUGCAGUGUCUGAAUCUUUCCAUCAUCUCUGAUCGUGACUGUAAUGAGUCCUACCCUGACCUAAUCACUGCCUCCAUGUUCUGUGCUGGAUAUCUGAAAGGAGGAAAGGGUGUUUGCCAGGGUGACUCAGGUGGUCCUAUGGUGUGUAAUGGUGAGAUACAAGGUAUUGUGUCAGCGGGUGGCCGUUGUGCUGCGAAAGAUCAGCCUGGUAUCUUUACCAAGGUCUGCCUGUUCAACUCCUGGAUUACUGAGACAAUAAACACAUACCAAAACUAAUCCCAGCUUCAUACUGCAAAU